UGUACAUUUUAGGCGCCGUUGUUCAUAUCAUGGCGUUGCGGCUCAUCUUGGAUAUUCUUCCUAAGCAAGUAUCGAGACGAUGGUGUAACGCUGCAAUCAUACGAACAUAUUCUAACGAAAAGCCGUUCAAAUCACUUCUCGCCGAACAUCGCGUAGCCAGUCCGUUUGCACAUCCAACAUAUACGAAAAUGAGGCCCUUAGCUGCGGAUAGUCUGAAGUAUCUCUCUGUUACACAGUCAGAUCCUUCAAAACGUAAAGAUGAUGCACUCAAAAAGGCGAAAUCUGAAUCUUUUCCAAUGAGCACGUCGAAGUCUAUGGAAGAAGUCAAACCUGAGCCAAACAAAGAGCAGCAGGAAUCUGAGAGGCUUUCGGCAAUUGAAGAGUUGGGAUUGCUGAAAGGAGCAUUAGCACAAGGAAGCAAGAGUAGUUCUGGCUCUGAAGGACCUAAAGGAACUAGCGACGAACGUACAUUCGACGAGGAUGCCGAGAAGGAGAAGCGUUGUAAACGUCUAGAGCGCAACACUCGAAUACGCAGAAUCAUACUAUUUGGAAGCAGCGUUGCUGGUCUUGUUGCGUUCUGCUCAUAUUAUGGGUUCCUUCAUACUACGCCGCGCACAGGGCAGCCUCCAGAUCCGCUUAGGAUGCGAGAAUCACUCGGACGCAGACCAUCACAGGAAUCGGAUGCAUCGACAGCCAGCAAAUGGAGCCCCCUUAUCCCCUUCUGGGCAAGAAGUGCAAUACCGGGGAAGAAAAGUGUCGCGAAGAGGGCUAGACUUGGUGAAGAAGAACAGAAUCUGGUACGUGAAGCAACAGAUUCCAUUAAAAAGCAUCUGGAAAAGCUGAAGAAAACCGAUAAAUUCGCACUUUGGAGUCUUUGUGGAAAACUCACAGUGAAGUAA